AUGGCUGCCAACGAUCUCCGUGGCUGGGUGAUGAGCGCCGUCUCAGGCAUUGCCUGCGUCUUUGGUGCAUCCUUGAUAUGUGUCGACGUGAUUUUGCGACAGACUGCCAUGUUUAAAGGCUUCCAGAUCACUAACAGCAACAGCUUCCUGUCAGCCUCUCUUUGUUUGAGUGCUGGAGUAAUGCUCUUCACGUCCCUCUAUAGCAUGCUUCCAAAGUCGCAAGAAUACUUAACGCGCGGCGGAUUCUCCCCUUCUGUAUCUGCCUAUAUUUUGAUUGGCUUCUUUCUAGGAGGAGUUAUUGUCAUCCGAGUCACAUCCGGCUUCCUCCAUCGCUUCAUCCCGUCGCAUGUUGUUGAUUGUGAUCAUAGUCAUGAUGGGCCGGAAACCGAUCCUGAACGGGCCGAGGGUCAAAUUGGAGACAACACUCAUGGUUCCCUCAACGGAUGGCAUGAGCAAUCACCUCUUUUACGACCUGGCAGACUUCAACCUUCCAGGUCUGAGACAAUAUUAGAGCACGUGAAGCGCCCAUCUCUCAGAUCGAAAGUGUCACGGCGCAUUAGCUCCCUGGUGGGAGGUGUCAAGCACAUGUGCGACGAGGACGGACCAUGCUAUGGAUUUUCUCAAACUUGUGGUCACGAAUGCACCAAAGUUCUUCCCAUUACCAGCUCUCCACCAACCAAAAGCACGCACGAUACCACCGCACACGACGCACCAACGCCGAACGGAAAUAGUGCGUUGCACUAUGAUUCUACAUCCACGCAGACUCGUAUGCCCGGUAGAAAUGCUUCUGAUGUGAGCAUCAAUGGGAUUCCGGUUUCGCACCAAGAUGAUCACCACCACCGCCACCACCACCAUGAAUAUGACGAACACCACGGUCCGGCGUUGUCCAAGCCGCCUGGUGACAGCAAUCACCAUCACCAUGUCCCACAAAAUGCCUUCCUUUCAAUAGGUCUCCAGACAUCGUUGGCUAUUGCUCUCCAUAAACUCCCUGAGGGCUUCAUUACAUAUGCUACGAACCACGCCAGCCCCACUUUGGGUCUUACCGUCUUUGUAGCUCUGUUCAUUCACAAUAUCGUGGAAGGAUACGCCAUGGCUCUGCCAUUGUAUCUCGCUCUGCAUUCUCGCUGGAAGGCCAUGUUCUGGUCUAGUCUCCUGGGUGGGAUUAGCCAACCUGCUGGUGCUGGUCUGGCGGCGUUGUGGCUCUGGACCUCUGAGCGCCAUCGAGGCCAUAACGACGAAGGGUCUUCUUGGGGUGUAUACGGUGGUAUGUUCGCCGUUACCGCUGGAGUGAUGACCUCUGUUGCCCUCUCGCUCUUCAGUGAGGGUCUAGGCCUGACCCACCAUCGAAACCUUGGAAUAGGAUUCGCAGUUGCUGGUAUGGGAUUGAUGGGCGUCAGCUUUGCCUUGACGGCUUAG